CAAAUGGGUAAAGAUAAUCACAAGAUUCGCCCUUGCGCUUCCCCUGCAACUCUAUUAUUACUCUGCAAUAUUAUACUUAUCCACACCACCAUAUAUAAUAUUAUUUUGUGCUGUCAGACCUGACCCUCCAAUUCCAAUAGAGAUGGAGAUGGCGGCCUGCUCAGGAAAACAUUCUUUGGAUAGCUAUUCCACUACUGCUCCUCCAGAAUUUGUUGCAGCAAUGAACAGGAAAGAAUCCGAGGUGAAUUUCUCCGAAGAUGAAAAAGAACUGAUGUUGAGGAUGUACAAUCUGGUUGGUGAGAGAUGGUCCAUAAUUGCUGGGAGGAUCCCGGGAAGAAGCGCCGAGGAGAUCAAGAAAUACUGGACGUCUCGAUGCAGUGGAGUGGGGAAAUAGAAUCAAUCGAUCACUACACAUAAUAUCAAAUUCAAGACCAGUACUGUAGGUAACAAAACUUCCAUUAUUAGGUUGCUGCUGUUCAAUGGUCUGUGUAUUUUAUUUGGGGUGGAAAGGGUAUUAUUAUUAUUAUUAUUAUUAUUGUUGAUCAUUAUUUGAUCUUCAUUAUUGUUGUAGAAGAUGCUACUGCUAUAAGCUUGUACCUCAUUGGUGGUUUUCA